AUGGCUACCCCUGCAAUGGAAUCUGCCGACCCUGUGUUCGAUACAUAUGAUGACACUACACAGCUAAGUGAUGCUGAGACUGCUAUUCUAAAGGAGGAGUUGCGAAAGACAGAAGAGGAAAUUCAAACGUUGAAGCAGGUGCUUCUCGCUCGCCAGAAGCAUGCUUCUGAGCUUAAGCGUAAGCUGGGAUUGAAUCCGUUGGUUGAACUCGGAAAUGAUAUCAACAAAGGGCUCAAAGCUGUCACGGACACAGAAGCAUUCCAAAAAACGUCCGAAGUGGCUGCAGCGACUGCAGACACUGUGAAACACAAGUGGAACGAUAUGCGUAAUUCGUCUCUUUUCAAAUCGUUCGAAUCGAAACUGGGAACGGCAUACACUAGUGUGAGUAUUAAAAGUGCUACCUUCAUUUGA